AUGAAAGCAGCUCAAAGCAGACAAAAGAGUUAUCUAGAUAAACGUCAUCGCCAGUUAGAGUUUGAGGUUGGAGAUAAGAUUGGACUAGUGGCAUACAGGGUGGCCCUACCACCGGCAUUCUCACGAGUGCAUAACGUGUUUCAUGUGUCUAUGUUGAGGAAGUACAUCCAUGACCCCACCCACGUUAUAGAUCAUGAACCCCUUCAGAUUCAAGAGGAUAUGACCUACACCGAAGAACCAGUGCGGAUUUUGGACAGGAAGGAGCAAGUAUUACGGACUCGAACCAUCCCUUUGGUUAAAGUAUUGUGGAAUAAUCAUGCUAUCAGGGAAGUAUCUUGGAAAUUCGAGGAAGAUAUGCGAGUUAAGUAUCCUCACCUGUUCGAAGAGAAUUUUUAUAGCUUGUACCAAAUUCCGAGGACGGAAUUUUUGUAA